AUGCCACCUCGCGAAUCUCUAGAGAAUGAACAGAACGCUCCUCUCAUUGACGAAGAAACACGCAAUGCUGGUCCAUUUACAUUUACCAUUGAGCAGCUGCAGAAGCUGAUUGAUCCAAAAAAUGUUGAAUUGCUUCGAGAUUAUGGUGGUCCUGACAAAAUUCUUGAUGGUUUAAGGGUUAAUCGUGAUUAUGGUCUAAGCUCUGAUGAAGGCAUUGACACAUCUUCGAAACCUUUUCAAGAAAGACAAAAGUAUUUUGGAAAAAAUAUUUUACCUAAAGUCGACCAGCAAUCAUUUUUCUAUCUGGUUUGGGACGCUUAUUGUGAUAAGACCUUAAUUUUAUUAAGUAUUGCUGCUCUUGUUUCUCUUGCUCUUGGUAUUAGUGAAGAUUUAUCGAACCACUCUGAAGAUGAACCACGUCUUGGUUGGAUUGAAGGUACUGCAAUCCUUGUUGCUGUUGCUGUUGUAGUUUUUACGAACGCGAUAAAUAACUAUCAAAAGGAAAGGCAAUUUAGAAAACUUAAUGAUAAAAAGGAGGAUCGUAUCAUCAAGCUUAUUCGAGAUGGUAAUGAGCAACAAGUUUCAGUUUUUGAAGUCAAUGUUGGUGACAUUAUGAUGCUUGAACCCGGUGACAUAGUUGCUGUUGAUGGUAUAUAUUUAAGUGGUCAUAAUCUCAUUUGUGAUGAAUCUAGCGCUACCGGUGAAUCUGAUGCCAUAAAAAAAGGUGAUAAUGAUCCCUUCAUAUUGAGUGGUUCAAAGGUUACGGAAGGCGUUGGUAAAGCAGUUGUGAUCGCUGUUGGUGUGAAUUCUUACUUUGGAAAAACCAUGAUGGCAUUACGUCAUAAUGAAAAUGAAGAAACUCCACUUCAAAUGAAGUUAGACUUUCUUGCUGAGCAAAUAGCAAAGUUAGGUGUUUCUGUUGCACUAAUUAUGUUUUUCACAUUAACCAUUAAAUAUUUUAUCAAUGCGGCUCUUUCUGACCAUUUUCCUGAAUUCGAAGAGAUAAUGGUCGCCGUGAUUAAUAUUCUUAUUCAAACAAUUACUAUUAUCGUUGUUGCUGUACCAGAGGGUUUGCCUAUGGCUGUAACACUUGCGCUUGCUUACGCAACCACCAAGAUUGAAACUAUGGGAAAUGCGACUGCUGUUUGUUCGGAUAAAACUGGUACAUUAACUCAAAAUAGAAUGACUGUGGUGGAAGGGUUUCUUGGUCAGGAAAGGUUUAUAGAUUACAAUAAUAUUCAAGAAUGGAGAAAUAGGAUUAAUAAAGAUACAUACGAUAUUAUUACACAAGGCAUAAUUGUUAAUUCUACUGCAUUUGAAGAUCAUGAUGAAAAAGGGCAAUUAAAUUUUGUUGGUUCUAAAACUGAAUGUGCCUUACUUUCUUUUUGCAAAGAAUUUGGUUUAGAAUAUAGAGAGAUAAGAUCUCACGCUAAGAAAGUAAAAGUUUAUCCUUUUGCAUCAGAGAGAAAAAGUAUGACUACAAUUAUUAGAUUACCUUCAGCUGGUACUUCUCAUAGCAAAGCUUCUGAACAUGUUGGAUUUCGUAUUUAUGUUAAAGGCGCUUCCGAGAUUGUUUUUGAUGGUUGUACACAUUAUGUUAAUGCUGAAGGUCAUUUGCAGAAAUUGGAUGAUAAAUCUAAUCAAUUAUUUAAAAAUAUCAUCUCUGAAUAUGCUGAAAAGUCUUUACGCACUAUUUGCAUGGCAUAUCGUGAUAUAACUGCCAGUGAACUUAAUAAUAUCAGUGAUGAAAAUCCUCCUGUUCAUGAUCUUAUUUGUUUAGGUAUAGUUGGUAUCGAGGAUCCUCUUCGUCCUGGUGUUAUAGAAUCUGUUAAAAUUUUUAAAAAGGCUGGUGUUACUGUUAGAAUGAUUACUGGUGAUAACUUAGCAACCGCAAAGGCAAUUGCAAAGAAUGCUGGUAUCUAUAAAAAUGGUAUUGCUAUAACUGGUCCUGAAUUCCGUAAAAUGAAAAAAGAUGAACAACUCAGCAUAAUCCCUCGAUUAGAAGUACUUGCUCGUUCUUCACCGACGGAUAAAACUAUUGUAGUUUCUCUUCUUAAAGAAGAGGGUGAUGUUGUUGCUGUUACUGGUGAUGGCACUAAUGAUGGUCCAGCUUUAAAGUUAGCUGAUGUUGGUUUCAGUAUGGGAAUUGCCGGUACUGAAGUUGCAAAAGAAGCUUCUUCUAUUAUUUUAAUGGACGAUAACUUUAAUUCCAUUGUUAAAGCAUUGAGAUGGGGUCGUGCUGUUAACGAUAGUGUACGCAAAUUUUUACAAUUUCAACUCACGGUUAAUAUCGCUGCAGUUAUAAUAUCUUUCACUAGUGCUGUCUUAAGUGAUGAUAAUGAAUCCGUGUUAACAGCUGUACAACUACUUUGGAUUAAUCUCAUUAUGGACACGUUGGCUGCACUUGCUUUGGCGACUGAACCUCCUACUGAUGAGCUUUUAUCUCGCUUACCUACUUUAAAGAGUGCAUCAUUAAUUAAUUUCCGUAUGUGGAAAAUGAUUAUUGGUCAAGCUAUCUUCCAAGUGGCCAUCAAUUUGACUUUAUUACAUAUAGGACCUGCAAUUUUUCAUCUUAACGUUAAUAAUCCUCAUGAUAAGCUCAUAUUUCGUACCUUGAUUUUCAAUACCUUUGUCUUUCUUCAAGUUUUCAAUGAGAUCAAUUGUAGACGUAUUGAUGAUCAUUUGAACGUUUUUGCCAAUAUUCUUCAUAAUCAUAUAUUCAUAAUCGUUCAGAUUGCUAUUAUAACCUCUCAAUUUUUUAUCGUUCAAUAUGGAGGUAUUGCCUUUGGAACAGCAAAGCUCGCUUGGUAUCAUUGGCUUGUGACUGUUUUAAUUGGAUCUCUUUCCUUACCUGUUGGUGUGAUUAUUAGACUUUUUCCUAAUACUUGUAUACCAGAUUAUAUUCUUAACGAGUAUUACAGACCAAAGGUCACUAAAGAGAAGAUGUUAUGGGAACAGGCAAUUCAUGAUGUAAGAGCUGAACUCAAGGUAUUUGGUGCUAUAAGGAAGCCCAAGUCACGACCUUCCCACGGAUUCCUUCGGAUUGCAAAUGAUAUGAUGCAUAAAAAAUAA